CAACCCCCCCGCUGCCGGUUCGGCCAGUUGUUACUGAGAGGAAGAUGGUGGGCUUCGCGACAGCAACGUGCUCUAAACCCCGUCCCAAACACUCUGGAAACCACUCGCUGUCCCAGCCCGGCGUGAGAUACAGAUUACCGGGGGACCGCCACAGAUAAUACACCGUCACCGCCGUUGGUGAAAGGCGCUUCUGCGCCGACUCGUCGUCGUCGUUCCGGGACCGACAACAGCGCGGAGUCGCCGAGCGUCGCUGGUGGUUCGGUGCUCGUAGAGGACACGUGCCACCGCGAGCAAGAGCGCGAGAGUGGGUGUCGUUUAGUGGACGUUGACACCCCCUCCGGAGCUCGAGGUAAACCACGGAGAACCUCCAGCCCGCUGCCGCGCCACCCGUCGAGUCCGCGAGGAGCAGAACCGACGGUCCGCCUGCGAGCGGGCUAACUCCGGCUAGCUUGCUAGCUAGCCUCGGCUACGUCAGUCGGUCAGCCUGGUUGUGGACGGUGGACCAGAAGCGACGCUCAAAAUGCCGCGGGGCAAAAAAGGGAAACGUGGCUCCAGCAAGCCGGGCUCUCUCCGUCAAGAGGUCCUUCAGCUGCAUCUGUUGGCAAAAGCCUCGCCGAAAGGUGUUAGAAAUGGGGUGAAGGGAGAGUCUGGUGCCAGCGACGAUGAGCUGACGUCGGAUGUUGUCAGCCACUGCAGCAGUGCCAGCGAGUGCACUUCUGUGCUUGAAGAGGGCUUAGGAGGGGAGCAAGUGGAUGAGCAGACUGCGCAGGAAGAAACCGAAGACAAGCUCAAGCAGUGUAUAGACAACCUGAUGGACAAGAGCACUAAGACGCGCCUGGGGGGGCUCGAGUCGUUGCGACAGGCAUUCUCCUCCCGAGUGCUAUACGACUUUCUGACAGAGAGACGCCUCACCAUCACCGACUGCCUGGAAAGGAGCCUCAAAAAGGGCAGCGUGGAGGAGCAGGCAGCGGCGGCCACAGUCUUCACUCUGCUCUGUAUCCAGCUGGAGGGUGGAGACGAGGCGGAGGAGGGCUUCAAGAUGGUUCGCCCCAUCCUCACCGCCAUUCUAAUCGACAACGGUGCCAACGUAGCAGUACGCCAGAGUUGUGCCAGAGCUUUGGGGAUGUGCUGUUAUGUGUCUACCGCUGAAGAAGGAGAGGACUUGAUCAAGUCCUUGGCCCUACUGGAGAGCGUGUUCACCACUUCCUACCCCAAUAGAGAGGGAACGCUGCCCACCCCCAAACCCGGCAGUCCAGCCCUACACAACGCCGCCCUGCAGGCCUGGUCGCUGCUCGUCACGCUAUGUCCUGAAUCCAGAUUGACUGUGCUGCUUGACCAUCACCUCCCCAAACUACAAGCGUGUCUGCAGAGCAGUGACGUCAACUACAGGAUCGCAGUGGGAGAGACAAUCGCCCUGCUGGUGGAGCUCAGACGGGAUAUAGAUGAGGAAUUUGAGCUGGACAGUGAAAGUAUGUGUGAAAGUCUGAAGAGUUUAGCCACAGAUGGCAAUAAGCAUAGAGCCAAAAACGACCGGCGGAAACAGCGCUCCGUCUUCAGAGAUGUGCUACAUUACAUCGAGAAUGAGGAGUUCAACGUGGAGAAGAUCAGCUUUGGAAUGGAGAGCGUGUACAUCGACAGCUGGAUGAGGAGAAGAAUCUACGACGCCUUCAAAGAGAUCCUGGAGUCCGGGGUCAGACACCACCUACAGUUCAACCCACUACUGAGAGACAUCUUCGGCCUCGGCCCUCCCCUCAUCCUGGACGCUACGGUGAAAGGCACCAAGAUCUCUAGAUUUGAGAAGCAUCUUUUCAAUUCUGCCGCUUUCAAGGCCAGGACUAAACAGAGGAGCAAAGUUAGGGACAAACGGGCUGACGUCAUGUGAGAGAAGGAUGGUGAUGAAGAGAAAGGAAUGUAUGCAACGAACUCCCUGAGUUAUAUUGAGAUGGAGGCAAAAUGAUGCCUUCAGCUGUCAGACAUAAAGACUCUAAAAACUAAAACAGGGCUUUUCACUUGUAAGCAAGUUCUUGAGAUGCCAGAUGUUAUAUUCCAUGCUCUCACUGCCCCAGGCAAUUCCCCUAUGCCUCUUACCCGACAUUUGAUAUUCACCCAUCCCUAUUCCAAUUGUCUUUGGUUUUCCAAAUACUGGUUUGGUGCUUUAAACUCGAUGUAGAGCGUAGAAAUAAUGUUAAACAUGUUAAUGUGUGCUUGAAACAACUUCAUUACACAGGAGUGAAAGACGCGUCAUCUCCAGAUAUCAAAAAGUUCUUCCAUACAUUUUAUCAUUUGAAUGAAGACCAUGUGGUGUAUUCAGUUUCAUGUAAGACUCAAACAUUUUGAAGCUGUUCAUGGUACAUUUGAGAUCCUUGGAAGCGUCCAAGUUAUGGGCCCUGAUGGAUAUCAUUUCUGAUACUCCGCUCUCAAACGGCUGCCUGGUGGCUUGACGGGUCAGUCGAGUCUUUCUUUAAAAUCUGUAUUAUUGACCUCGGUUUUUGCAACAAGGUGCUUUUUAUGGACGUGAGCCGUUCUGGAUUUAGUCCCUGAAGGUUAAUUUUCAAGCAUCAAAUACGGCGACAAAAAGGCCACGAAGAUAUUCUCUAAAUACUCUUCGCCACUUUCUAAAUAUUCCUCAUUAUUCCCUUAUUCAUCCUCUGUCUUUACACCUCCAGUGUAAACCUCCAACUGGCAAAGCAGAAGCUGACUUUACAAACAAUGCAACCUAAAAGAAAAUGUGUGCAGUGUGUGUUUGAGUGUUUUAAUAGAACUUAAUUUAACAUCAUAAAAUAUAAUGCAUACAAAACACAAACAGAAGAUGCCUAAUUAAAAAAGGUAAUGUAUAUGUUUUAACCAUUUCUGGAGGAUAAUUGUAAUUUAUUGUAAGCAGUACUGCACUGCUGUUUUUUAAGAUUUGUUAAAAAUGCUAAGAACUGUUUACAUACACAAUAAUGGGAUACCAAUGAUGAGAAGAAUUAAUUUUUAUUUUUCUCAUGUAUAUUUUUUAAUGCGAGUGGGGGGGCUCCUGCAGUCUAUCCAUGUGCUGCGUAGAGGCCGCAUAGGGAUUCAUGGUAAGAUAUGUACUUGAAUCAUUAGACCCUUUUGAAUGACUUUUCCUCUGAGGAGCAGUAAAUGCAUACAGGCUACUAACUGCAGAUCAGAUGUUUGAUGUUUUUGUUUGUUGUGGUCAAUUAUUUUUGAUUUAUAUUUAAUUUAAAAAUGACACUGAACAGAUGGGAAUUUCUGUACCUUGAUGGAAACCUCAUCAUCUUUCAAAGUGUAUAUUGUUGAUCUGGGUGUGAAGUUCAGGAACAAGACUCAUUUAACAGCUUCACCAAAUUGACUCAUCAGUGGUUCUGGUGUCGUGACACGUGGACAAAAGAUGGAUCAAAGGAAAUAAAGACUAUUUAAGCAUGUU